GUAUUCAGAUCUAUUAGGCUUUUAAAUAAACUAAACUACUAUUAUAUUUUAUGCCGGUGUAACAUUCACACAUUAGAGCUAAGUACUCACCAAAUUGUUAUAGCCGCCAGUCGCAUUUUUGCUCCUUUAACUGCACAGGACAACUCGUCCUGUUGCCGUCGCUGUCGUUAGUCCAAUUAGUUGGAAACAUGCCGCUGUCAGCGCCGCUGCACAAACUGCUCUGCGUGUGCCACAUUGUCAGCUACUUCGAUUACCAAAAGAAAGUGUGCCAAUUGCUGUGCUUGUACAACCUGCGAUACAAUGAGGACACCCAGAAGUUCGGCUUUGGGCAUCAGCUGUUCAUAUACUUCGUCUGUUUCUGGAGCCUCCUGUGUCUUCCGUGUUACCUAAUGUUUCUCGAUGGGUAUGUUAUCGAUCGAGGUAGCCUCUAUAUCUACCUGCUGCCCUGCCUCUAUUACAAAUAUCUGGAGAGCUCUAUGCUCGAAACCUUGAAUGAGAUGGCAAAAGUGCACAGGAAACUGCACACCAUAUUGGGAACUAUAUUUUGUGUGUCCGUCAAACGGGCAUAUUGCUGCUCCUGGCUGAUAUCCAUUGAACUGGUCUUCGUUAUCUACUGGCAAAUUGAGUCCUUAAAGAAUGACGUCCAGCGUUUGUUUGUGUUUUCAUGCCUAUUUGGCUGGCAUCUGCAGCUUCUCCUCCUCGUUAACAGCUACAUUUGGCUACAAUUCAUCUACGUAGUUAUGAAUCAGAUAUUCACUCCAAAUCAGCUUACGAAUGAAGAGCAGUGGAAAAGGUUUAGGAACGUAAUGAAACUACACGGUACCGUACAGCAAAUCCAACGAAAUAUAUCCCAUUACUUCAGUGUGUACAUAUGUUCCGUAGUCGUACUUUUAACAAGCGUGUUCUACCGAGCUGUUUCUGAAGCUGGUUUCGAUUGGGAUCAGAGCCGAUUGGUAUUGUUUAAAUUGCAUUUUUGGCAUAUAAGAUACUUUGGAAAUCUAAUUCUCCUCAUUGGCACUCUACUUAUGGUUCUUUGCGACUAUAAAUCGGAAAGAAACAAGUUCUUAAAAGCUACGUGGAACACCCAACCCCUGCUCCAAAAAUCGUGGAGUAGCAUUAGUACAAAUCGCUGUAAGCAAAUCCCAGAUCUUCUUGAUUUAAUGAUCCUGACUGGAAAUACAUAUCGUGAUAUGAAAUGCACGACCGUGACUCUGUGGGAAAUGCGGAUAAAUCAGGACACUGUGCUCACACUUGAGACAGCUUGCUUCAUGAACUACUUCUUCCUGCUGAUGCUCACCGUUUGCAUAGUGCCUAUUAUAGCUAUCGCAAACGGAUUCAGGAUAGACUUGGAGCAUAAGUUGUUAAAUUUCACAUUCUAUGAAGUAUAUUCAAAUAACUCGGAUCCUUUAAGUCUAACUAUUGACAAUUUAACGAUGUAUUCGUAUGUCCUGAGCCAUUCGCUGGAAUAAUAGAAUCAACAGAGGCCUGGACUCUUGCCAAACUCUCGAAAGAUAAUUAUGCAAGGCACGUCUGCUGUGUGGGUUACAAAACCGAAAUAAAAAAAUUGCUGAGAGCGAAACCAAUAAAUCAAAGGAAAAAGGAUGCCUACCCAUUCAUUACUCAGCAAACACUUUGUGGACCUCAGGCACUCAAACCCCUUUUCCGUGAAUACAUACAAAAUGUCAAAAUGAAAAUCUAUUAAAUCACUCGAGGGGCUAGAGUUGUUCGAACCUUAAUUAGCUCUUAGCUGUGCAACGUGGCGUAUGAUUAACACGCGAGUAAUGAACGUCAUAUAUCUACACGGAUGGAAAAUACUUUUAAUUAGCGAGUCUGUAUUUUAUCUUGACUGUUAUAUUUUAUUUUAUUGAUGACUUUAAUAUAACCAAGAUGACAUUAUCAUAUCUUUUUAUGUAUUUAUAA